GCGAGCGGAGAAUCCCCCGCGGGAGGCACGGCGCGGGGCCGAGUGGAGACGGAGCGCUAUGGGCCACCAUCUGCCCGUGUGGCUGUGCGCUGUCGCGGCGCUGCUCUCAGGGGCGCAGGCCAAGGGCACCCCGCUCCUCGCACGGCCAGCACAGCCCAGUGCCUCCCGCUACAGCCUCUACACGACCGGAUGGCGUCCGCGGCUGCGCCCGGGGCCGCACAAGUCCCUCUGUGCCUAUGUGGUGCACAGGAAUGUGACCUGCAUCCUCCAGGAGGGAGCAGAGAGCUAUGUAAAGGCUGAGUACCGCCAGUGUGGAUGGGGGCCCAACUGCCCCUCCACAGUCAGGUACCGCUCAGUGCUCAGACCCAGAUACAAGAUUGGCUACAAGACUGUGACAGAUCUGGACUGGCGUUGCUGUCCUGGUCUUACUGGAGAAGGCUGCCCUGAACAUCUCACAGACCGUGGAGCUACCCCACCACGCCGAGAGCCAGAACCCCAGACUCCCUUAGGGCAGCUGGGCCCAGGCCCCAGGCCUUCUUCUUACAGCAGAGAGGCCCCCAGUCCCCGUGGAAGAAAAGGCCAAGGGCUGUUUGGUGAGCGGCUAGAACAGCUGGAGGGUGAUGUUCAGCGCCUAUCUCAAGCAUAUGGCACUCUGAGUGGUUUGGUGGCCAGCCAGGAGGAUCCCAAUAGGAUUACUGGUGACCCCAGGGCUCCUGUUGUGCCUAUAGGCUUUGGGGUCAUCCCUCAGGGGCUGGUGGACCCAGAAGACAGAGGCAGAGGACCACUCAUCCCUCCUCUGGGUGAGAUCCUGAGCAAGGUGACAGAGGUGAGUAACACAUUACAGACCAAGGUUCAGCUCUUAGAUGAGGUACACGGGAUGGCCCUUGGUCACGAGGCUCACCUGCAGCGACUGCGGGAAGCCACACCAUCCCCUCUGACCUCCCUGGCACUGCUGGAGGAGUAUGUGGACCAGCGACUACAACGACUCUGGGGAAGCCUGCUGGAUGGCUUUGAGCAGAAGCUGCAAGGUGUCCAGAGUGAGUGUGACUUGCGUGUGCAGGAGGUGCGGCAGCAGUGUGAGGAGGGCCAAGCAGCCAGCCAGCGCUUGCACCAGAGCCUUGAUGGCCGGGAGCUGGCCCUGCGUAGGGAGCUCUCCCAGCUGGGCACUCAGCUGCAGGGCCUGACUCUGACAGGUGGGGGCACCUGCUGCAGCCAACUGGCUUUGAUCAAUGCCCGUGUGGACAGCCUCGAGAGGAACUUGCAGGCUGUCACUGAAGCCCAAGGUAGCCUCAGCACCCUGGCUGCAGAUGAGCUUGCACGCCUCUCUGCUGCUAUGCUCCAGGGAGGUGUGGACGGGCUGCUAGAGGGCCUAGAGACCAUCAAUGGGACAGAGAAUGGAGCAAGGGGCUGCUGUCUGAGAAUGGAGAUGGGGGGCUGGGGUGUCGGUGGCUUUGGGUCUAUGCUGGAAGAGAGAGUACAGAACCUAGAGGAGCGUCUGGCAGCUCUGACUGGAGAGCUAAGCCACAACAGUGCCACACCAGACAGAUCGGCACGGCCGCUUGUUCAGACAGAGCUAGCCGUGCUGGAACAACGGCUGGUCAGCCUGGAGACCUCUUGCACCCCAAGUACCACCUCAGCCGUCCUGGACAACCUUGUGGCGGAGGUGAAGGCCUGGCAGAGGCGGAGUGAGGCCCUCCUACACCAGGUGGCCAGUCACACUGCUCUGCUCCAACAACUCAAUGGCACAGUCGCCGAAGUUCAGGGGCAGCUGGCAGAAGGGACAGGAAGCUCACUCCAAGGUGAGAUCACUUUGUUGAAGGUCAACUUGAACUCAGUGAGCAAGUCACUCACAGGCCUCAGUGACUCUGUCAGCCAGUACUCUGAUGCCUUCUUGGCUGCCAACACAUCCCUGGAUGAACGAGAACGAAAGGUGGAAGCGGAAGUCCAUGCCAUCCAGGAACAGGUCAGCAGUCAAGGCUCACGGCUUCAGGCUGGCCACAGGCAGGUCCUGAACCUGCGAGGGGAGCUGGAAAAGCUCAAGGCUGGUGUUGCCAGUGUGGCUGGAGGGUUGAGCCGCUGCUGGGACACAGCCCGGGGACUCCAGCACACAAUGGGCCACUUUGACCAACGGGUAGCUCAAGUGGAGGGAGCGUAUGAGAGGCUGGGCCUGUUGGCUGCCCACCUGAACAGUCUGCCUACUGAGCAGCUGAGGUCCAGGGAGAACCUGUGGGGUCACAUAGACAAGCUGAACCACACGCUGGCCCAGCAUACACAGGACAUUGCCCGACUCCGGGAUGACCUACUGGACUGCAGAGCCCAGCUGGCUGAGGUGAGGCCAGGGCAAGCUGACUAGAUGGCUGGACAGAUCCCACCAACCCUGGGAAUAUCAUCCCAGAGGCCAACCCCUCCCAGCAGCACCUUCCAGCUUUCCUUGGCCAUCCAGAGGUCACUGGAUGAACGGCCUUGGUCCAGCUCAACAUGACUGUCACAGCCAUUGAAAGCCACCCUCAGUGGUGCAGUCUGGACAAUUCAGGAUAAGAGUCAAGGCAAGCUACACAAGAUGCUGUCUCAGAAGAGCCAAGACAAACAUGCCAUGCCUGAAGAGAAAGGCCUUCCG